AUGGGGAUCGAAGAUGUCUACCAUGAGAUCAGUCACCUCCAAGUCCUGCGUCGACCACUGCCGUUGAAGUCCGACCCAGCGCGGAAAAACCAAAAUAAGUACUAUCAGUUUCACGGCGAGAGUGGGCAUACUACGGCUGAAUGCUAUGACCUGAGGGAUGAGGUCGAGAGGUUGAUCCGAGAGGGGAGGCUCAGCGCGUACCGAGCCGACCGUCGGAACAAUAACAACAGACGCAACAAUGACCGAUGGGAAGAGCAGAGGCAUGACAACCCUCCCGAACCGGUCGGUGUUAUAAGAACGAUCUUCGGGGGACCAUACCUCGGCGGCACCUCUCGACGUGCCCAUAAGGAGUACGCUCGAGAGGCAAAAGAAAAGUUCAGCCAGAGGAUUAUGAACGUCUCCGGCCGCGAAGCUAAGGCAGCGCGAUACGAGGAUACUGAGAUCACUUUCUCAGAGGCCGACGCGAGGGGGUACAUUUCCUCCAGAGUGAUGCCUUGGUCGUCGAAGCCAUGA